GUUAAAGACGAAUCUGCAGGCAACCGCCCAGAGUGAGUCACUCCAGAGACCAGACAUUAUAACGGCAGUGCCCUCCUGUUUUAGAUAGAGAGGCCCUUGGUUCUGGAAGACUUUGAUCAGCUCCUUGCUACUUACUAAGGCUCAAACAACUAGACCUCUUAGCUGGUGCAAGAUGUCGCCUACACCCUCGGUCAACAACGGGAGUAUUUUUCAGCACAGUGAUGCUUCAGAAUUAGGAGGGGAGAGGACGAAGAAGACGAGGGGUAGGGGUAACCCUUCUGAUGAAAAUCACCAAAAGCAGCAACAGCAUAUGGCCAACGCCGCCAGAGACCCGGGUGAUAAGCCAGACUCCCCAUGUUCGAGGGAGGAGUCAGGACCGGAUGUGAAACAGAGAUCAUCUAGUUUGAUACCAGACUUUGAUGGCUUGAGCCGACCAGGCAUUGGGACCCAAGCAAGACUUGAAGAGUCUUCUGAGCAAGCAGCAGAGCGACUUAGCAAGAUGUGUAAUGCAGUUAGGACCAUCCUUGAAUGCGUCGGUGAAGACCCAGCCCGGUCAGGGCUCCUCAACACCCCCGAGCGAUACGCCAAGGCCCUGAUGUUUCUUACAAAAGGCUACGGCGAGAAGAUCCAGGAUAUCGUUAACAACGCCAUCUUCCACGAGAGUCACAGCGAGAUGGUGGUAGUCAAGGACAUUGAGAUCUUCAGCAUAUGCGAGCACCACAUGUUGCCAUUCACAGGGAAGAUGCACAUCGGAUACAUCCCCUAUCACUCCGUCAUCGGUCUCUCGAAGCUGGCCCGAAUUGCCGAAAUGUUCAGCCGUCGCCUCCAGAUCCAAGAGAGGCUGACCAAGGAGGUUGCAAAUGCCCUUAUGGAAAUCCUCAAACCACAGGGCGUAGCUGUACUUAUGGAAUCCAGUCAUCUUUGCAUGGUUAUGAGAGGCGUGGAGAAGUCGGUCUAGAUGUAGUUAGAUGUGCUUUCCCUUUCACAUAGAACGAGAGGAACCCUUGUCUAUGUCGCCACCGUGAACAUGUGCGGAGUUGGCGGAAUGGAGAGGUCAUGCGGCGACGUUGCGUGAUUUCUCACCGAAACAGGCGGCUGCCAUGGCGGAAUCUCUUGGAUCACCGUCAAUUUGCGGCUCAGGACGCACCGCCGAAGCUGCGUUGUAGGGCGGCCGUUGAGGUGAACCCGAUAAGAGGAAUGUCGUUGGUUGGAGUCACAG